CGUCCGCCUCUCUCCACGCGCUGCUGGCACCUUCGCUCCCGCCACCACGCCGCCGCUCCAGUGCUCCUGCCACUGCCGCAGCCCUCCGCGUCGCGUUUCCGCCACCCUUUGACCGAGGCCGUGCGCUAGGCAGGCGUGCAGCUACAGGUGCGCCUCUGCCGUAGGUUGCGCGCCGCUGCAGGGCGGGCUGCGCGGCUCGUCGCUCGUGCGUGAGGCGCGGCCGCGGCGCUCUCGCCUCUGCUGAGGUUGCGCGCCGCUGCAGGGCGGGCUGCGCGGCUCGUCGCUCGUGCGUCAGGCGCGGCCGCGGCGCUCUCGCCUCUGCCGAGGCUCGGGUCGCUGCAACCUCGAGUCGGGUUGGAGCGGCUGGGCGGCGCGGGGGCCAGCGUCGGCGGCGCCGCCCCGCCGCCGCCUCAACUCCUCCUCCUCCUCCGUCGCUGUCUACAUCUUUCGACGGCAUGCGCCGCCUCGCAGGGCGCGUCCAGAGCAGCUCGGGUGGCGCUGCUGCGGCGGGGGCGGAUGGCGCGGUCGCCGCGCCGCUCAUCGGUGAGCCGGCGCUCCCGCGCGGCGCUCCGGCGGCCGGCGGCGUGUUUCGCCGCUGCGGAGGGCGUUGUCGUCGCGAGGGGCGGGCCCACGGCGGCGGAGGCGCUGCGCUGACGGCCGCUGACGGCGGCGGUGAGGGCCCAAGCGCCGGCUGAAGAAGCGUUGCCGCGAUUGCCGUGGCGUGCCGCCUGGCGGGCCCGGCGAGCGGUCCCCGCCGGUCGGGGCUGCCAGCGCUGCACGCUGGCGCGGCGACAAGGCGAUCGAGGCCGAGCAUAUGCGCUGGAGGCGACGGCCUCGACUUGCGCGCGAUCGGCGCCUCGCUCCUCUCGGCUCGGCAACGAUAUGUGGCGCGGCCGCUGCACGGCGCUCGCCAGCGGCGCCGCGACGCGAGCGCUCUCGCCCCUCCCCCCCACCACCACCGCUAGGGCCGACGGACGCCCCGCGCUUGCGUCCACCCCCCGCCGCCAUGAGCCGAGGCUCAUGGCGGCGCCUCGAGAGAGCCGCCGCGCGGCGCGGUCGCCGGUCCGGCGCAGAGGGCCGGGCGCCGGUCUCUGGAGCCGGGGGGGCCGCCCGUGGGGCAAGGAGGGCGGAGGGGCGCGGCGGGGCCCGCCCAGCGGUGGGAGGGGCCGCGGCGGGGGCGUCCCGGUCCUGUGCACCGAGGCGGGGCGGCGGGGUGUGGUGCGGCGAGGUCGGUGUGCCGUCCGCCCCGGUCCCGGAGCCCGUCUCCCGGCUCCGCGGGGCCCAAGUCGAUUCGUUUCGGGUGUGUUUGGCUUUAUUUGCAGUCGGUGUGCGCGUUUCCUAGUCAAAACGUCGCAUUCGGUUCGCA